GUAUUGAUAUUUCAUAGUUUCAGCUCGUAAGGGGAAAGUUUGACACUGUGCUGAUUCACUUAUUGGAAUGAUAUUGAAAUGAAAACUGAGACCGUGUUCUUCCUCCUAAUUCUGAUAUCACUGACCAGGUCAUGUUACCGUGUGACAUUUAAUUAUCCAUCCGGAAAGAUUAUCGUGAAUGCCUCAUACUCUGUCUUCUCUACAAAUACCCUGCUCUCCUGUGUUAGGAAAUGCAAGUUUCAAAGAAAAUGUCUAUCUGUCAACUUUGAUACCAUAGGGAGGAAGUGUUAUUUAAACUACAAAGGUCACCUUACAUCUGGAACACAGAUGGAAACUUCCGGUCACGUUAGAUCUUAUGACGUCGAUGUUUGGAAAGAUGAGGACCUGUACAUGGGAAGCUGUAGUAAUCACAGUUGUAGGUAUGACCUGAUCUGUGAACAAGGAAGUGACCACACAGCUCCCUACACGUGUAUUCAGGACACACAAUGUCAGUGGAGUGAUGGCUGUUCUGGUUGUAUUCAAGACAAUGGAGAGAUGAUCCAACCAAACACUCAGGACUUUACACCUUUUGGCUGCUACCAUGCUGCCGGUGCUAACACUGGGUUUCUGAGUUAUGUUAAUAUGAGGCUCCAGAUCAACUGGUAUGACAUCGGCGCGACAGUCCGGGCGUGUGCUGAGGAGACCAAAAAAAGAAUGUUACAGUACUUUGGUCUGGAGUUUUACGGGGAGUGCUAUAUGAGAAAUGAUACACUGGAUGUGUCGUACACAUUGGUUGCUGUGAAGCAGUGCUCCGAGAAAUGUGCAUUUGGUGUUGGAGCUGCUGAUAUUAUUUUCUUUUACCAGCUUAUUUGAAAAG